UCUCUCUCCCUCGCUCUCAGUCACACAGAGCCAGGCCAGGCAGGCAGAGGCAGCGCGUCCGCCCGGGGAGACCUAAACCCUCAACGCCGCACAGCGUAGAGCUGCCGACUGAACCGUAGCUUAGUCAUUUUAACGCCCUUUUAAAAUGGACGCCUCUUCUAAUACUACAUUUUGACACUGGACUGCGCUGUUGUUACCGCGUUCAGCGGGAGAAGAAACCUCCUCUCCGGUUUGCUUCUCUUUGAGGUAACUGGCUCGCCUCGACGACAUAAGGAGAAGACCACACUCCCCCCAUCGUUAGCUCGCUAAGCUAGCUACGCUAACUUAGCCGUGAUACUUUGAACCGUAUCGGCGUCUGUUUUCUGCCUCGAAGCUAGCCUGCGGUGUCCUGCGCCACAGCAGUGGAUUGGGGUGGCCUGUCACUCAAGUUUCUUCAAUCAAGUCCUCCUCUCUCUAGGAAACAUUGAACAAUCACCAGUGUCACCAAGACAUGUUGUUGCUGAAUACUUCCUUGCCAGCUCCUUCUCAAAGGAGCAUGUUUGAGUGACAAGGCAAGGAGGAAGUGGGAUCUCUGACACUCUGCCCCCCUGUUGGUGGAGCCCCCUGCACAUCUGACCAGAGAUCCCUUCAUUCACCUGAACAGGAUGAGAAGGUUCGCCUACUGUAAGGUGGUGUUGGCCACCUCUCUGGUUUGGGUGAUGCUGGACAUGUUCAUCCUGCUCUACUUCAGUGAGUGCAACAAGUGUGAUGACAAAAAGGAGAGAGGACUCCCGGGGAGAGACGACGCGCUAUCCAGGCCGCGGGACGGGCCUGGAGAAGGGGGGAAGCCUGUUGUGAUUCCAAAGGAGAACCAGGAGAAGAUGAAGGAGAUGUUUAAGAUCAACCAGUUCAACCUCAUGGCCUCUGAGAUGAUCGCUCUCAAUCGGUCAUUGCCUGACGUCCGGCUCGAAGGGUGCAAGAAUAAAUUAUACCCAGACAAUCUUCCUCGUACCAGCGUGGUGAUUGUUUUUCACAACGAGGCGUGGAGCACACUGCUGCGAACCGUCCACUCCGUCAUCGACCGCUCCCCACACACACUGCUGGAGGAGAUUGUCCUGGUGGACGAUGCAAGUGAGAGAGAUUUCUUAAAGCGUCCACUAGAGCAGUAUGUCAGGAGGCUGGAGGUCCCUGUCAGAGUGGUGAGGAUGGAGCAGCGCUCCGGACUUAUUCGCGCUCGCCUCAAGGGAGCAUCCAUCUCUACUGGCCAGGUCAUAACCUUCCUGGAUGCUCAUUGUGAAUGCACAACGGGGUGGCUGGAGCCUCUGCUGGCCCGCAUAAAGCAAGACAAGAGAACUGUGGUGUGCCCCAUCAUCGACGUGAUCAGCGAUGAUACGUUUGAGUACAUGGCAGGAUCAGACAUGACGUACGGGGGCUUCAACUGGAAACUCAACUUCCGUUGGUACCCUGUGCCCCAAAGAGAGAUGGACCGCCGCAAAGGAGACCGCACACUGCCUGUCAGGACUCCCACUAUGGCAGGUGGCUUGUUCUCCAUAGACAGAGACUAUUUCCAGGAGAUUGGCACAUAUGAUGCAGGCAUGGACAUCUGGGGAGGAGAGAACCUGGAAAUCUCUUUCAGAAUCUGGCAGUGUGGUGGGACUCUAGAGAUCGUCACCUGUUCUCACGUCGGUCAUGUGUUCAGAAAGGCGACACCCUACACCUUCCCUGGAGGAACAGGACAGAUCAUCAACAAGAACAACCGACGCCUAGCAGAAGUCUGGAUGGAUGAAUUCAAAAACUUCUUCUAUAUCAUCUCUCCUGGUGUGACCAAAGUGGACUACGGUGACAUCACGUCUCGCACAGCUCUGAGACAAAAGCUUCAAUGUAAACCCUUUAGCUGGUACUUGGAGAACGUUUAUCCUGACUCUCAGAUCCCCAGACACUACUACUCCCUGGGAGAGAUUCGUAACGUGGAGACCAACCAGUGCCUGGACAACAUGGCCCGCAAGGAGAAUGAAAAAGUCGGCAUUUUUAACUGCCAUGGCAUGGGAGGCAACCAGGUUUUUUCCUACACAGCAAAUAAAGAGAUCAGAACAGACGACUUGUGUCUAGACGUGUCCAAGUUAAAUGGACCUGUCAUGAUGCUCAAGUGCCAUCACCUCAAAGGCAACCAGCUCUGGGAGUACGACCCUGUGAAGCUGACCCUGGUCCACGUCAACAGUAACCAGUGUCUGGACAAAGCCAGCGAGGAGGACAGCCAGGUGCCCAGCGUCAGAGACUGCACACACUCACGCUCCCAACAGUGGCUGCUGCGCAACGUCACACUACCAGAGGUCUUCUGACCUCGCUCUGCACACUCCCAAACACACAAUCACACACAGAGCAGCCCAGAGCGAGCAAUCAGGGGAACAGACAGACUUUCUCAGAAGUGGGCACAAGGAACAGAAAGACUUCCCGUGAAGGGAUUCAGAGACAGGAAGAGGACGGAUCAGAUGGGACGGUACUACCUCUGGCUGAGACCAGAGGGAGGAGCGCGUUUGACCCUCCUCACAGUAAAGACUCCCACCUGGAGACGAUGGCUGUUUGUUUUCCGGUUGUUUUUGUUGUUUUUGUUUUUUUUGAGAGAUUUUAACGGCGGAGUGUGACAUCACUCCCGAGCAAUGUGUGGUGGAGGUUCUGCGCUCACAGCUUCCCCGGACACAGCAGUCCCUCCCUCAACUCAUCACUUAACGUUUACUGACUGCCUCUUAUGAGCGAAUGUGUGCACUUCAGCGCGUGUGUGUUCUCCAAGAUGAAUGUAUGCCAUGAGAAGGGGGCUAAAUUCCUUGUUUUUUUUGUUUGUUUGUUUGUUUGUUUUUUUAUUUAAAUUUGUAAUGAAACUGAACUCCGGUGAACUCCUAUGAAGAAGGGUGCAUGUGUGAGUGAGCAUUUGUGUGUCUGAGCCCCCCGCCACAGUCUUGCAGCAGUGUGUGUCUCCCUCUGGUGUCACACCUCGGUAUCUCACCCCACAGACGGACUCCUCCCUGCUGAGGAUUUUAAUGGACUGCAGAGAAAACAAAAGAGGACAAGUACAGACAUCUGCGGUCAGCAGAGCACUAGAGGUAGAGAAUUCUGAUGUUUGUGAUACCCUGAGAUUUGUAUGUCCAUUUUUUCUAAGGUUUUGUGUUUCUACAGUCCUGUGAGAGUGCCACAGAGCAGUAACCUUAGUGCGUCAGUCUGUCUCUGUGACUUUAAAGGUGUUUAACAUAGAGCUAACACACAAACAGGAACUCUGCAUAUGUAUCUGGUGUUCACUGCCUAAUCAACCAUAAGGAACUCAUACAUACACAAGCUGUAAUCAUAUAGGAAACAUUUCAUACUUUAACCCGUUUGUCAUAUCUUCUUCUCAAUGACCUCUUAAAGACACUCCAAGGGCUUUUUUCCUCUAGUGGAGUGUGCGUGGAUGGAUGUGUGAGAGAGUGUGUUUUCAGUCAAUCCCAGUCCAUCAGCUCGGUGUUUACUAGGACAAACAGCUCUCUGACUCGACUUGACUGACAACAGAUUUGUCAUAAAGAGCUGCUUUUAUUUCCUCUGUUUUCUCCUGAGGACGUUUUUUCUACGAUAGAAAAAGGAAGCUGAGGAAUAUUAGAAUAUCAAAGAGACGUCAUGGAGGUGUGUUAGGAGACUUAAUCAGGGACAGAAUAAUAAAUGCAGAGAGCCAAGGGGAGGGAAGAGUUGAACUGUAGGUUACAAAAAGCAGCAGCAGCGUCAGACAUAUCUCAAAUCAUGGCUAUAUAUCUCAAUCUGAAAGCCCACCUGCAGUAUUUUCAUUUCAUAUCACAAACAGCUAAACAGAAGUAUCAGCGUGUCCUUAUUUCAACCAUCAUGCUUCCUUUAUUCUUUUUUGUCUUCUAUCACUCCUGCUGCUGCAAGUCAGAGCAGGAGAGGUGAUUUCAUAAAAGGUUUUUACCAUUUCAGCUUCCUCCAGUGGAGGAGGGGUUUACACACAGGGCCAGUCCCCGCUUCAUCUCUGUCCUGGAUGUUGUGGUGAGUCAAGGCCGUGGACUGAUUUCAUGUCUGAGAGAGUUACUGUGUGCUGAAAAUGUGACUUUUUUUAAAAUUGUGAGACAGGGAAUGAUUUGAUUGUUCUGAUAUUUGGGGUGGGUGGGGUAAAAGUAAACUGACAUGUCCAGGCUUCCACACUGAGCUGAUCCAAAUGUAGAAAAUAAAAGAGAAAAAGUUUACAGAACAAGACGAGAGAAAUGUGGAUUUGCCUCUUUUUUCUUUGCACGCAAAACAACACAUCAAGACAGUUUGUUUUUACACAGUGAGGCGUUGACUUAAACUUUGAUACUGAAAUUUAGUCAUAAUUAAAUCUCCUGUGAGGAGUUUAUAGCUGGCUAUGAAACAAUGAAGGUAAUACCGAUGCCUCUUUAUAGCUAAUCAUCAGUAUAAAGAUCAACUUUUGCUACAGAAAACCAUUAUUUAGAUUAACAAAACUGCAGCAUUCCUCUUGUUUCUUAUAAUCCCAGGCUUUAAAGCACCCAAGCGCAGAGGUGAGCAGAACACCAGAGACAGAGAGCAGGCGUGGCUUUGUUAGUUUAAAUAUUGUUCCUGGAAACAUUAAACCACAGCUGUCAAAAUGUGUGAUUCUCUUUGAUACCUUAGAACUAUAAACCCUGCAGCAUACAGCCAAAGCUAGUGAUAUUCCAAGGUGAAUAAUUUCACAUCUAG